ACGGGCAUGGCCUUGACAUGCCGGAAGUGUUCCGCAGCAUGCCGGGUUGUUGCUAAGCUAACUCGUUAGCACCGCUCAGAUCUCUGUGUGAAGUUCGGUCCGCCUUCUGUUGAGAUCAAAAUUGUUGAACAGUAUUUACAUAAAGACCAGCUAUACGUUGACCUGAUAUUGGGUUAAUCCAACAUGAAAGUAUCUUUAAAAUCGCUUAGAAACGGUGAGCUGUCAAAGAGAUAGAGAGCAAAGCAAUCCUUCAACCUGAAGUUCCCUUCAUCAUAUUCUCAAUGAGAUCCAGGGGGUCUCAGAUCUUGUGGUGGAGUCAUCAUGGUACCUGCUGUCAGUACCGCCUCUCUCUCCUGUGGAGACCCCAACAACCCCUCCUAGCCUACAGCACCCUCAGCCCCCCCAGCCUCCCCAACCCUACCCCUAUCCCUCCACCUCCAGACAAGGGUGCGGGGGAGUUGAUGAAGGAGCGCUCCCUCGUUGCUCUCAAGCAGGCAGGGAUGCUGGGAAAGGACUGGAGUCAGAGGUCUUCCCAGUUCGCCACGGCGACGGUAAACUACUGGUGGGCGCGCUACGAGGAGUUUGUAGGACUCAAUGAGGUGCGAGAGGCCCAGGCCCGGGUAACCGAGGCGGAGACCUCCUUCAUGGUGGCCAGGGGUCUGGUCCAGGAGGCCCAGGCCAGCAUGGAGUCAGUCCAGCAGAAGCUGAAGGAGGUGAGGACACGUCUGGACCGAGUGUCCCGGGAGGAGCCCCACUACCUGGAGCUGGCCACACUGGAGCACAAACUACUGCAGGAGGAGCGUCGGGAGCGCUCGUCCUACGAGGGGGCCGAGGUGUCCGAGCGGCAGCGCUUCUCCCUGUUCUCCGCCGCCGUGCGCAGCAGCCACGAGAAGGAGCGCACGAGAGCGGAGCGCACCAAGAACUGGUCCCUCAUGGGCUCCCUGCUGGGCACGGUCAUCGGGGUCAUGGGGUCGACCUACAUCAACCGCGUCCGUCUGCAGGAGUUGAAGUGCCUACUCCUGGAGGCGCAGAAGGGACCAGAGAGUCUUCAGGAGGUUCUGAGGGUGCAGGCAGUGGACCAUCGCGCCCAGCAGGGGGAGCUCCAGGGUCUCAUAGACACACUGAGGGGCGCUGUUGGACACGCCCAGAUUACACCCAGCCAAGCACCCAGGACUUUGCCGCCAGUGAGCCCAUUGGUCACCCUGCAACCUCACCUGGCUCAACUGGAAGGGGGUGUGGCCAAGUUAGAAAAGGGUGUGGUCGGUCUGGAAGGGGGCGUGUCUCUACUAGAAAGGGGUGUGACGCGCGUGGAAGAAGGUCUGUCUCGGCUGGAAGGCGGCGUGGCUCAAUUAGAAGGAGGCAUGGCUACAUUCAGGACUGUGGUGGAGGUGGAGGAGGAGAGGAGGAAGAGCAGGAGGAAGAUUGUUGAGUCUUCCCGCUGGGAAGGAGCCGCCGCAGCAGACGUGGAGGUGCUGAGGAGACUGGAGGAGGCGCGGGAGCAGCUGGAGGAGGCCGUUCAGAGGGGCAGUGUGAUGAACUCUGCCGUGAGCGUGGUUGCCGCGGCGAUCACCGUCCCCCUGCUCUACUUCCUGCUGCGUGCCGCCAGCUGAGGUCCGCAGCACCUAACGCAGAUGGCCCCGACCCGCCCAUGGGUCUUCCAGUAGCUGGUGGUGGACAAGACUCGACACUGAUCGCCACGACAACACGUUGUUUUGAGUUGACUUUAUCGCGGCUUCAUAAGCCCAACACACACACAGUAGUAAGCGUACAGUUAUAAAGAUAUACGUGAAUUCCAUAAUAAAAGUGCUUUCUAUGCCAGUCAGUGAUGAAGAGGUAGUUACGACCACUGGUCACUGUAACCUUCAUUAGUUAAUGUAAUGAUAAUGAUGCAAUAAUAUUGUAUGAAGGGUAUUGUAAUGUUUUGAUUCAGUGAAUUUCCCCCUGAUGCUUAUAAAGAACUGAUUUAAUGAAA